GCUUUGCUUUGCCCUUUCCCCCUAGCCCGCCCCUCCGCUCGCCUUUUUCGUCUCUAGGGUUGAACCGCAGAGGCUGGAGAGAAGGAAGGAUGUGCUCUGCCCUCCCUCCGCCAAGGAAGAGGCCUGCAAGCUGCAGCCGCAGCUCAGGGCAGCCCUGUGGGGAGCCAGCUUUGAGGGCGCGGGUGGCCCAGGCCUGCGCGGCGCGCGGGCGCCUGUGAGGCGGCCCGGACGGGGUGGCCAAAAAACAGAGGUGCUGCUGGGCUCCGUGGAGAAGGAAGGGUGUGAGAGGCGCUGAUAGUCCACCCUCUGCUCGCCCAGGCAAGCGGGACGUACCCCCACAUUACCAGGCCCUCGGCCCCCGUCGGAUUGGGGCUCCCUCCAGCCCGGCGCGACUCUCCCACACAGAACGGAUCGCUUCGGGGGCCGGCGGUCGGGGACGCAGCCCUCUACCUCGGCCUGUGCCCUGCGAUGACGCAAAAAAAGUCAUUUAGCCUGGCCACAGCAGGGUCGGAUGUUUUGGGGUCAUACUGGGCAAAACAGCACUGUUGAACGCGUGCUCCAGUACUGCGGAUAGGAACUGGUGCAAAAAGGCUGGGUGCUAAUUCAUAAGGCUGGACGCUAAUGCAAAAAAUGCAUAAAGCUGACGUGGGAGCUUAAUACCGCAGUAUUUGACUGGGUUUGAGUACAUCUGAGCCAGUUCUCGGUGUACAAGAGCCCUGACUCAGAAAAGCAUGUAACUUUGAUUCAUUAAGGCCUAACAACCUACUUAAAGUCAAGCAGCUGUUUAAGCACUUUUCUGGAGAGCACUGUUUUCUUUAUUGUUUUUUUUUUUUUUCCUGAACCACAGCUCCAGUCUGCACAGGACGCGGUACGAUCUGCUUUCAGUUAAGAGGGAAGAAAAUCGAGAGACACGUGUCACUUACUGGCCCUUUAACACAGGAAGAUCUUUGGGCUCCAAAAAUUCUAGUGGCAGUUGAGAAAAGAAAAAGCCAAAAAAAGCUGCGGUGCGGCAAAGCCAAGGCCCGUCUGCUCCAGCCUGGAAACCCAGAACGGAAGUCUGGAGAAUUAACCCAGCCAUCCAAACGCAGGGAGGGAGAACACAGAGCUAUAGGAGCUGCACCGUCCCCAGAACCGUAUUAGGAAACGAAUCAAGUUCUACUGAGACCAGAAUCAAUUCAAUCCUGCAGAUCUGAUCCAAAGGAUGUUAAUGUUUGUUGAAAACUUCCGUACAUGCUGGAUCUGAUUUUUAGACCCGUCUGCUACAAACAACAUGCUUACGUUUGUGACAGUUACAUGGUUGGACCCUGGAAAUGGGAUGCCGGUCCCAUUCAGGGAGCAUAAAGGAAGAAAGAAAAUUUCCUAGCUGUUACUGCUGCUGCUGUGACAGCGAGUGAGAGCCAGAGGCAGGAAAAUGUCGACAGUCACAUCAGCAAUCCAGGCUCCUCAGGGCCCUGUGAAUCCACCGCCUCCGGAGGUCACUAAUCCUAAUAAGCCUGGCCGGAAGACCAACCAAUUGCAAUAUAUGCAAAAUGUUGUGGUAAAGACCUUGUGGAAGCAUCAGUUUGCUUGGCCUUUCUACCAACCUGUUGAUGCAAUUAAAUUGAAUUUACCAGAUUAUCACAAAAUAAUAAAAAACCCCAUGGACAUGGGGACGAUCAAGAAGCGCCUGGAACAUAACUAUUAUUGGAGUGCCAGUGAAUGUAUGCAGGAUUUCAACACCAUGUUUACAAAUUGUUACAUUUACAACAAGCCCACAGAUGACAUCGUCCUCAUGGCCCAAGCCCUGGAGAAGAUAUUUCUGCAGAAGGUUGCCCAGAUGCCUCAGGAGGAAGUCGAAUUAUUACCCCCGGUUCCUAAAGGCAAAGUUCGCAAGCCAUCAGCAGGCGCGCAGAGUGCAGGAGCGCAGCAAGCAGUGGCCGUGUCUUCCGUCUCCCCGCCGGCCCCGUUCCAGAGCGUCCCUCCAGCCGUGUCUCAGACGCCCGUCAUUGCCGCCACCCCCGUGCCAACCAUCACUGCUAAUGUCCCGCCUGUCACUGCCCCUCCCGCCGCUGCUCCCCCUCCGCCUGCUGCUCCGAUAAUGCCCGUGGUUCCUCCUACGCCACCGGUAGUCAAGAAAAAGGGAGUGAAGCGAAAAGCGGACACGACCACCCCCACCACCUCUGCGAUCACUGCCAGCCGAAGCGAGUCGCCCACCCCCCUCUCGGACCCCAAGCAGGCCAAAAUCAUCGCCCGACGGGAGAGCGGUGGCCGGCCCAUCAAACCACCAAAGAAAGACCUUGAAGAUGGAGAGGUCCCCCAGCAUGCAGGGAAGAAGGGCAAACUCUCUGAGCACCUCAAGUACUGUGACAGCAUCCUCAAGGAGAUGCUCUCGAAGAAGCACGCAGCCUAUGCAUGGCCCUUUUACAAGCCUGUUGAUGCAGAGGCCUUGGAACUACAUGACUAUCAUGAUAUUAUCAAACACCCCAUGGAUCUCAGUACUGUUAAAAAAAAAAUGGACAGUCGAGAAUACCAGGACGCACAAGGUUUUGCGGCAGAUAUUCGGUUAAUGUUCUCUAAUUGUUACAAGUACAAUCCUCCAGACCACGAAGUGGUAGCCAUGGCCAGGAAGCUCCAGGAUGUCUUUGAGAUGAGGUUUGCAAAGAUGCCCGAUGAGCCUGCAGAGGCCCCGCCUGCGCCUCCCCCAACAGCACCAGUGGUGAGCAAAAGCACAGAGAGCAGUCACAGCAGUGAGGAAAGCUCCUCCGACUCGGAUAGCUCCGACUCGGAAGAAGAGCGAGCGACUCGGCUAGCAGAGCUCCAGGAGCAGCUAAAAGCUGUCCAUGAGCAGCUAGCUGCAUUAUCACAAGCACCAGUGAACAAACCAAAGAAAAAAAAAGAGAAGAAAGAAAAAGAGAAGAAAAAGAAAGACAAAGAGAAGGAAAAAGAGAAGCACAAAGUAAAAGCUGAGGAGGAGAAGAAACCCAAGGUGGCUCAGCCACCAAAACAAACCCAGCAGAAGAAAGCCCCAGCUAAAAAAGCAAACAGCACGACCACAGCUAACAGGCAGCCCAAGAAAGGAGGCAAACAAGCGUCUGCAACCUAUGAUUCCGACGAGGAGGAGGAAGGUCUGCCCAUGACCUAUGACGAGAAACGACAGCUCAGCUUGGACAUCAACCGCCUGCCUGGAGAGAAGCUGGGCAGGGUGGUGCACAUCAUCCAGUCGCGGGAACCUUCCCUUAGGGACUCCAACCCCGACGAGAUAGAAAUAGAUUUUGAAACAUUGAAGCCCACAACUUUGCGAGAACUGGAGAGAUAUGUGAAAUCUUGUUUACAGAAAAAACAAAGGAAACCAUUUUCUGCAAGUGGAAAAAAGCAAGCAGCAAAGUCUAAAGAAGAGUUAGCUCAGGAAAAGAAGAAAGAACUAGAAAAACGGUUACAGGAUGUCAGCGGGCAGCUAAACAACAACAAGAAACCUGCAAAGAAAGAGAAAUCUGGCUCCGCUCCCUCCGGAGGCCCCUCCCGGCUCAGCAGCAGCAGCUCCUCCGAGUCGGGCAGCAGCAGCUCCAGCGGCUCCAGCUCAGACAGCAGCGAUUCGGAGUGACUUACGGACACUUACAGACAAAACACAAAAUGGACAUCACCCUCACCAAUACUCUGCAGUGUUCCCUUCUCGCGUUAAUAUACCGCUCUUGUUCCACGGUGGUCAGGUUUCUUUUUCUUUUUUCUCUCUCUUUCUCACUCUGAUUUCAUUUUAUUUCAUUUUUUAACUCAGUGUUAUAAAAGGUAUCUUCCAUUUUUUGGGGGGGUGCUUUUAAUAGGUCAAAGAUCUUUGCGUGUGCGUGAGUGUGACUAGACUUUAUGACAACUAGUUCCCUUUGCAUAAAGUCUCUAAAAUACAUUUUUACUGAAGAUGGUUGGUGGGAAAUGGAAGAACUCUGAGCUCUUAGCAGGAGAUCACUAGAAAGUCCUGUGAGGUUUGUAGUACAUUUCCCUCCCACCCCUUCCCCUCUCUCCCAAAAUGUUCCCUUUUAAUAAGCCCAUUUGGCUCACACAAGGAAAAAAUCUUUUUUUAAAGAAAUCUCUGUAAAAUGGUACUGUAUCUGAAAGAUGUUAGCUUUUGGACUAGUUGGUGUAUUUGUUAUUAGCACUAGUAUUCUUAAUCUCGAAGUCUACAGUGUGAUGAAAAUGUCAGAUGCUAUCAUCUUUUUACAUAAAAACAAAAAAGAAAAAAUUUCUCAUGUACUGUGGAUUGUUAACAUGUAUUUUUUGCUUUUUUUUUUUUUUUUUUAUCUUGGUAGGGCCAUAGGCAUCUGUUCAGGAAGGUAUUUAAGCAUGAGCUGAACUUUAAGCACAUGAGCAAUAGGAGUGGUUGCAUUUUUUUUGUUUUUUCCGCUUAACAUUUUCAUUUUUCUUGGGGAAACAUUGGGAAGAAGGGAGCGACGGACACUCACAGGUUUCCUGGAAUGUUAUUUUUAACAAAAAAUAGAUAACUUCCCGGAAAAAGACACUCUCUAUGAAAGCUUUUUUUUUUUUUAAUCGAAAACAUGUUUUGGCUGAAAAUUCUCAGCUGGACCUCAAAGAGCAAUCCCUGCGGAGUGACGGAGACAAGUCACGUGCUCGUGAUUAGACAUGUGCUUAAGUACCUUCUCCAUGACAAACGCCUCAGUCUGGGCUUAAAAUAAAGGAGCAUUUGAGCUCCAGCUGAGGCUGAGCUGGCAGGGGAAUUGGAGGGAUGUUAGUUUUUGUUUUGUUUUUUCCUUAUCUUUGUAUCAGCAAUGAGCUCCUAGGAAGGGAACGCUGUUUCUGUGUCACACAGGGGUGCAGGUUUCCAGACACUGAAACGUUUACCUCAAUAAUAAUAAUAAUAAAAAGAAAAAGAAAAAAAAGAGGGGAGAAAAAAGGAAGAAAAAAAUUUUUUAAGGCUAGCAAUUUUUUACAAGUCCAGCCUAAUGUUUUGACCUGCACUGCUGCAACACACUCUGUUUUCACUAUCCCUAAUUUCGUGUAUAUAUAAGUACUUUAUUUAUUAAUACCAUUGGUCAUUUAAAACUUUUUUUAAAAAAAAAAACAAAAGCAAAGCUGCAUUAUGAAGUGCAGCAGAAAUGCAGACUUUUUAAAGUGGUUUGAACUAGAUUUAAGAAAACCAACAAAAAAGCAAAUAAAAAUCUGAGACAUUAUUUAAAUACAUUGGACUUUUUACCUAUAGGUGCUACAGUCCAGUCUAUUUGUGUGUCUGGUGCUCUAUCAUGUUUUGUGUGUUCAGUUUUGGUUUUGCUUCUCUCUUCUCUUCAGCUCCCUUUUUUCCUGUUCUGUACAGAUUUUGGAGAAGUACAGGUAGAUAAAAUUGAUGCAGCACAUUUUCUCUGUGAUAUUUCCACGGGUCUUCUAUCACUCUCUCUUUUUUUGAUAGAACAGUGUUGUUGUUUUCUUUUCUAAUCCAGUUUUAGGAAAACACCAGUUCUAUAAUUAUAUAAAAUUUGUAAUCUGAGGGGCAGAAAUUUAUUGUAAAUUCUUAACUUUUUAACUUUUUAUUGUAAAGAAAAAUGUAUACAGAGUUUAACAGAAAGCUAUGCCUUUCCCUCUCCCAGCACCAGUCCCUAAGGCUGCCUCUGCCGUGCGGCAGCCCUAAAAUUCAUCCUGCCGAGGUCUCGGCUAGCAGCGUGCUGGAGGCCCCGUGGCGAUGCUUGUCCUUCGUAAGGAGUUGCAGAUUGCACCCAGCUCUUAUUUCUCAUGUAUGUGAAUGGCCCUGGAGGACACCUAAGUCCCAGCACGUGGUCUUUGUCUCUGGCUCAGCCUCCGGAGCCGGGAUAAGGAGCCCGCGUGCUGGGCAGGGGGCUGUCUGCCUGUCCGUUCCUCCGCGAGGCAGGGAGGUGCAGGGCCGGCCCGUUAGCGCUCCGUGGUUUGCGCUUCUUACGGCGUCUGCGUUCAGCUGCCAGUCACUCCUUGCCUGAUCCUGGAGGUUUUACUAGCUAGACCUUUAGGCAGUGGGACUGUCAAGAAGCUUGUUCUUGCAUCAGUCUUUAAACAUCCGUCUUUCAAAGAUCAGCGUUUCAGGAAAGGUGCAUGUAGCAGGGGGUAUUCAUGUGCGUGACUCUCACAGCUGAUGUGGCUCUGUCCAUGUCUUCUAACCGUACAGUGACAAUAACAAGCUCUACACAGUUUGCUCUAGAAGAGUGAUGUCAUUUUCUGCUAAGGGAUGAAUCGGAGAUGCUCUGCUCUUGUGAGGCACCAAGUUGCUGGACGUCCCCAGCUUGCUCUGAAAUCACUGGGGUGCUCGGCCUGUCGGCAGGAGCCCUCUGAGUCUUUGCAGGUUGAGUUUCGCAUUGUAUUUGCAAAGGGAUGAACUAGGGUAUCCUGAUUCUUACUGAAAUUAAUGAUUUUCCUUUUCCAUUAACAAUCCCUAAAUGGAGUUAAUUUUUAGUUCCUGUGGUUUUUUUUUAAUUCUGCCCUUAAAAUUCUUCCCUAGACAGACCCUUAGUAAUAUAUUUUCAGAAUUUACUAUGAGGAAAUGUAAUAUACACCUAAUGAGAUCUUAACUUUUUUUUUUUGAGGGGCUUGGGGUUUGUUUGUUUGUUUCUGCUGUUACCUGAGACUUGCAUUAUCAAAAGUAGUAUUUUAAUUAAAAUAAUUACCAAGCAAUUCAAUACCGUGACAAUGUGGAUAAACAAGCUCCUGUUUUUUCCUCCCACUGAAAGCCUUUCCCAUGUGCAUUAAUCUGAGAUAUACUGUUGACUUAACGUGGUGUUUGCUCUGGAAGAGAUUUGCUCCUGCGCAGAGAACAGCAGCCGUUUGGAGGCUUAGGCGUAGCAAUAGCAGCCGUGCUCGACAGCAUCGCCACCGCGCAGAGACGGAGGACCUGGCUCUGCAGCACGCCGUGUCCGCUGACGCCUGGACGCGGACCACGGCGAGGGGCAGCUGUUCCUCUGGGAUCCGGACAUCUGUCCCAGCACCCAUUGAGGUCGGAGGGAAGGUAGAGUCAAAGGAUUGCGGCUCAGGCGCCGUGAUGGAAAGGGGCCGGCCCAGGGGCUGGCUGCAGCGCUGGAGGAGGGUCCCCGCUCCACUUGGCCCAGCUGGCCUAGCGUGGGGAUUUGCGAGGAAAUAACCAACAAAAAGCGGGUACGUGAAGAGCAACGACGCGCUUAUCCUUGGUGUAGCCAACUGGGACUUGGCUUCCCUUCAGUGGGAAAUUUCAGUGUCUGUUUUCAUGGAAGCAAAGGUUUUUCCCCUUAAAUAGCAGCCACAAGAGAAAUCCAUCUUGGCAUGACACUCGUUUCAGGGAAAAAAAUGGUGACUCUUCAUUUCAAAAGGUUGUUCUUACGUUUUUUUCAUUUCUGUAUUGUUUGUAGCUUUCAUUAUCUCCUGACAUGUCAGUAGUGGUGCCUCUGGUAUCUUCAGAUCAGAGUGUCUCCAGGAAAGAAGAGAUGGUUUCAGUCCAUAGUAAGUAGCAGCUGCCCUUGAUGAGUUGGAAACUGAAAAAAAAAAAAGAACCGUUAUUUGAGUUUGUAUGGUGUGACAUGUUAGUACAGAUGUCAUGAAAUAACUUUAAAAUGAUAUAAAUAACACUUGAAAUCACAUUUUUAAACUUCAGAAUUAAAAUUGAAAUUUUUAUGGUAGAAUUUUUCUUGACUGAACAAAGUUUCACUUUGUUUUCCAAGGGAAAUUUCACUGAAAUCAGUAUGAUUUCAUAUGUAUACAUGCAAAUACUUCUAUUGAAACCGUCUUUUUCUGAUGAAUUCCUGUUUUGACAAAAAAAAAGAAAAAACAGACUGGACCCUAGUGUCAAUCAACCAGCAUUACUGCACCUUUACAAGCUUUGUCAAAUCGUACCUGAUCGUGAAGUCAGCCUGUUUCCCGGUGUACCAUCGGCUGUAGGCGCAGUGGGAGCAGCGGGAGAACAGCAUCCCUGGGUUCAGGCCCUAAUUCACCUGUGAAAGGAGUCUGCAGAGUAUGACAGCUUUCUGCACACCAAAUGUUGUCUACACAAAAUCAUUUCAGUUUUGUAUUGCUGUGAUUUUAAACUUUCCUACCGACAGGGUUUGUAACUGUAGGACUGAUCCUUCAGAGCUGCGUAGCUGUUCAUGAGGGUGUGUGUAAUAGGUGCACCCCCCCCAUACACACAAGCACAUGUGUGCAGGAGUGUGUAUAUAUAUAUAUUUAUAUACACACACACAAAUUAGUUACCCAGCGAGGUCUCUUUCCAUGUUCUCCGUGUGGUAGACUCAGACUGCAGUUACCUAAUCUAGUUCUUUUUCUGUUUUGGGGACUCUUAGACCAGUUUUUAAUUUUUUCCUUGUUUUGAAAGGAAUGAUGUUUUUUAAAGUUGGGGUUGGAGCUAGGGGGAAGGGAUUGGGGCAUGAUGAAGAAAAACCACAACCUUUUUAGUACUGGAUUUUAAAAUACAUGUUCUCAAACACAGGCAGUUACCACUUGGGCUAACUGUGGGCAAGCUCUGCGUGGUUGGAGAUAAAUUUAGGGCGAGGAUUCAUUACACUAGCAGCAGUAUCUUGCUUGUAAAACAAUGAGAUGCUUUUUUAAAAAAAAAAAUAAAUAAAAGGUAUUUGCAUAUCUUUUUAAAUGUCAUUUUUAAAAAUAAACAAACCACCAGCUAGGAUUUGACACAGGCCACUUAGAACUUAUCCCUGAUACUGGCAUAACCAAUCCAGAAAGAUUUGUUGUUGUAUUUUUGUUUUAUUUUUCCUUUUGUUUUUAAUAUUUAAAGAAAUGUUACUUUUCCAUAUGAUGUGCAUGCAAAUUUACCGUAACUCUUUUUCUUAAAACUUUUUAGUGCCAUUUCUAGUAUAUUCCUGUAAAUGUCAGUUACUGAAAAAAAAAAAAGUCAAUGUAAGUAGUUUAGCUUGUUUAUUGCAAAUUGCUGGCCUCAAACACAACAGAAUUUAAAAAGAGUUAGAAAGUAAUCUUUGAUGUUACUGGUAAUCAUGGACCCUGGUCCUGGGGCAUUUGUUUUGUUUUCAUAAUAAAAAAAAAAAACUUG